UGUUGGAGUUACACAGUUGGUUUUCGUUUACCGACAUUGAACAAUCAUUUAUUUAUUAAUCAGAGAGGUGGAAAACUUAUAAAUGUUUAUUUUACUAUUUGCGCGAUAUACUUAAAACUGUGAAUUCACUAAUCAGUAUUCAGUAUCAGAGAGUAUCACCGCGAUGACGCGAUAUCACCUCAGCGAUAAUGGCUCUUUAUUGAUCCGAGGUCACUCACGCACUGGAAGCGAAACCAAGGAAUUUCGCGAAGCAACUAAAAAGGAUGCGUUGAUGCACUUGCAGAAGGAAUUGGAAAAGCUUUUGGCCACUGCUAGUCCUUCCAGAAAAGACUAUGUUAGGAAAGAAUUUGAAGGAUUUACAUCUCUUUUUAGGAGAUUUUUAGCUGAAGAAGGACCUUCAGUAGAUUGGAAUAAAAUAGAAAAACUGCCAACAAAUGCAAUCAGAAACUACGAAGAAUUGGCCACACCAACCGCAGAAAAUAUUCACAAAAUGCUACAAAAGCUCGUAGUGGUUAAGCUUAAUGGUGGUUUGGGAACAUCCAUGGGUUGUCGCGGUCCAAAAUCAGUUAUUCCUGUUAGAAACGAUUUAACCUUUUUAGAUCUUACAGUUCAACAGAUCGAAGAGUUAAACAAACAAUACAAAGUAAAUGUUCCGCUUGUGCUAAUGAACUCUUUUAACACGGAUGAGGAUACUGAAAAAAUUUUACGAAAGUACAACAACAUCCAAAUAGAAAUCCACACCUUCAGUCAAUCCUGCUUUCCAAGGAUAAACAGAGACAGUUUCCUUCCUAUCGCUAAAAACUGCAACAUCGAAGAAGACAUUGAGGCAUGGUAUCCACCAGGUCAUGGUGAUUUUUAUGAGAGCUUUAAAAACUCGGGCUUGUUGAAAAAAUUCAUCGAUACGGGUCGCGAAUAUUGCUUUAUAUCCAAUAUAGAUAAUUUGGGAGCUACCGUUGAUUUAAAAAUUCUCAAUACUUUGAUGAAUCCUAUCGAUGAUGUUCACGAAUUUGUAAUGGAAGUGACCGACAAGACUAGAGCUGAUGUCAAAGGUGGUACCCUAAUGCAAUAUGAAAACAAACUGAGACUUCUUGAAAUUGCCCAAGUUCCAAAUGAUCAUCUUGACGAUUUUAAAUCCAUCAAAACAUUCAAAUAUUUUAACACUAACAAUAUUUGGGUCAAACUCGAUGCGAUUGAUAGGGUUAUUGAAGAAAAUAUUCUGAAUAUGGAAAUAAUUAUAAACAAAAAGGUAGUAAAUGGGAUCAACGUAGUUCAGUUGGAGACAGCUGUAGGAGCUGCAAUGAAAUGUUUUGAAAAUGCAAUUGGUAUAAAUGUUCCUAGAAGUCGUUUUUUGCCUGUGAAAAAAACAUCCGACCUCCUACUUGUUAUGAGCAAUUUAUACAAUUUAAAGUUUGGUUCUUUACGAAUGUCCCCACAAAGGAUGUUUCCUGCUACACCUUUGGUCAAAUUGGGAGACUCUCAUUUUUCGAAAGUUAAGGAAUUCUUAUCACGAUUUGCCAAUAUUCCGGAUAUCCUUGAAUUGGAUCAUCUUACCGUAUCAGGGGACGUUACUUUCGGAAAAAAUGUUUCUCUAAAAGGUACGGUGAUUAUUAUUGCUAAUCAUGGAGAUCGAAUUGAUGUCCCAUCUGGUGCUAUUCUAGAAAACAAAAUAGUUUCAGGAAACCUACGUAUUUUGGAUCAUUAAUGAUACAACACAUUUGCUUGCUAGUCAUUUAAAUAUUUAAUUGUAAUUAAGUACAGCACCUUUUUGUGCGUACAAUAUAUUAUUUACAAAACUGCAUGUCUUUAAAAUUAAAAUAUUACUGUUUUAAACUUUACUAGAAGUUAUUAAAUAAAUUGUCCUUUUCUAAAUAUAUCACUCUUGUAAAAUUUGUAUGUUUGUUAGUUUACAAUAGUUUUACUUGUAAUGUUGCACAAUAUUUUUCAGAUGUGACCGUACUAUUAAUAAUAUACAAAAUAUAUUUUUUGAAAAAC